AGUAUUUAUCUGUCUUUCUGUCUCCUUUCUCUCUCUUUCAGUUCUGCUCAGUUAAUGUUGGAACAUCGCUAUGGGGCAGAGAUAUUAUUAUUGACCACCUGAAUAUUAAUCCAACCAACCAGAGCACAUUCCUGGACCACCCACAGGGUACAUGGCUACAAGAAGUCCACAGAUACAGUCAGCACCAGUCCCUGCAGCUCAGCCAUGGCCAAGGCAACUCCGCGCACUGUGCUCAUCACCGGCUGCUCCUCGGGCAUCGGGCUGCGUAUGGCUGUGCAGCUGGCGCAGGAUCCUGGCAAGCGAUUUCACGUCAUUGCCACCAUGCGUGACCUGCGCAAGAAAGACAAACUGGAGGCAGCUGCAGGGGACACGCUCAACAAGACUCUCACCAUCCAGCGCCUUGACGUCUGCAAUGACGAGUCUGUAACUGAAUGUAUCAACAGCCUUCCUGGAAAACAGCUGGAUGUGCUAGUGAACAAUGCUGGUGUGGGACUUGUGGGCCCCGUGGAGUCCAUUUCCAUUGAUGACAUGAAGCGUGUCUUUGAGACCAACUUUUUUGGUGCCAUUCGGAUGAUCAAAGCUGUUCUCCCUGAGAUGAAGAAGCGUCAGAAAGGGCACAUUGUUGUCAUCAGCAGCGUCAUGGGGUUACAAGGUGUCCCCUUCAAUGAUGUCUAUGCUGCCUCCAAGUUUGCAAUGGAAGGUUUCUGUGAAAGCCUGGCUGUGCAGCUCCUCAAAUUCAAUAUCUUUGUAUCUAUGGUGGAGCCCGGCCCAGUGAAUACAGAAUUUGAGAUGAAGCUGAUGGAGGAAGUGGCACGUUCUGAGUUCCCAGGAGCCGAUGCUGCCACAGUGCGUUACUUCAAGGAGGUCUAUUUGCCAGCUUCGCAUGAGAUAUUCACCACCAUGGGCCAGACUCCUGAGUCAGUGGCUAAGGCAGUCGUGAAUGUCAUUGCAAAGGAGCGUCCACCCUUCCGGACACAGACAAAUACUCUAUACACUCCACUGGUAGCCCUGAAAUAUGCUGACACCUCGGGGGACCUCUCUGUCGGCACCUACUACAACCUACUUUUCCGCUUCACCGGCCUCUUCCACCUUAGCAUGAGUUGCCUCAAAUGCAUCACAUGCAGCUGUUUCCGGCGCAGGGUCACACCUGCCUGAGGAGAUGGUCACUGGGUAGCGGCACAGAGCAGAGCCCUGCCUUGGAUGAUCAAGGUUCAAGUAGAAGUACAUGAGACGUUUUGCCACAGAUCAGCACCCACCCUGGUUUGAAAACUACGGGGUUCCUGGGGACAUUGCAGAUGAGGAGCAGUGGAAAGGAGGGGAGGCAAUAAACUUGUCCAGGGUGUGGGUAUCAGUGGGCACCCUUCCUGAGCCAGGUGGCAGACCCCUACCCUGUGCAAGAUCAAGGCCAUGCAUUUCAAGUUAAUGGCACUAGAAUGUGUGUGCAUGGCUGAGAUGAUCAAAUUAUAAAGCUAAAGAGGAGGAAAUGGAAACUUAAGUUCUACUUUUGCUCUAUUUUGCAGAAAUAGAAUGAGGAGAAUAUAUUUUGAGCAUCAAUGGACUAUAAAAGUCCCACCAUACAUAUGUUGCUGAUUAUGUGCCAUCAAAGCCUCGAGUAAUAAAUGAGAUAUUUUCAAGUCACCCUGUCAUCAAAUGCCCAAACUCAGAGCUGUGACUUCCUUGAUAGAGUCUAUCCACCUGUAAUGUAGUUUUUCUCCUACUGCCUUCAACUUCACUAGGCUUUACAGUGCGACGCCCUCCCCCCAAGUAUUCAUGAAAGUUACAUUCCAAAACUUAUCUGAAAGUGUGGAUAAUAAUGAAACCUGUAUUUUGACUGUAUUGGUCAGGAAGCAUAGACUUGCACUGAAAAAUCUAGAGAAGCCAGUGAACAUUUCCAGGUGGGGAGAUACUUUAUGCAGCAUGGGUAAACAAAACAGUAGAUAUUGAUAAAUGAUAUUUAUCUCCUAGUUCAGAAGCAGGGAGUUUGUGACCCCCCCCCCCCCC